AUGGCAGCCCAGAGAGAAGCCUGUGAGGAGAGAAUUUGUGAAUUUGAUGAUGAUUUGGCCUCUGAGCUCUCUGCACUUCUCGGUCUGGACGCAGGUCAGGUCCUCAAGAGACAAGCAGAAGAGGACCAUCAAGAACGGAUGAAGAUGAAGAAAGGCUUUAACUCACAGAUGCGCAGUGAGGCCAGACGAUUAAAGACUUUCAUGAACUAUGAGUCUUUUAGUUCAUGGACGCCACAGGACAUGGCAGCCGCUGGGUUUUACCUUACUGGGGUGAAACAUGGGGUGCAAUGUUUCAGCUGUAGUUUAAUCCUCUUUGGCACCAGCAUCAGGAAACUUCCCAUAAUAAGCCACAAGAAAUUACGUCCAGAAUGUGAGUUCCUUUUGGGCAAGGAUGUUGGGAACAUUGGCAAGUACGAUGUAAGGGUGAAGGGUCCAGCGAGGACUCUGAGAGGUGGCAGAGCUCGGUACCAAGAAGAGGAGGCCAGACUGGAGUCCUUUGAGAGCUGGCCGUUUUAUGCCCACGGGACAUCGCCACGUGUUCUCUCCGCAGCCGGCUUUGUCUUCACAGGAGAAAGGGACACCGUGCAGUGUUUCUCCUGUGGUGGAUGCUUGGGAAACUGGGAAGGAGGAGACGAUCCCUGGAAGGAGCAUGCCAAGUGGUUCCCUAAAUGUGAAUUUCUUCGAAGUAAGAAAUCAUCAGAGGAAAUUGCCCAGUAUAUUCAAAGCUACGAGGGAUUUGCUCAUGUAACGGGAGAACAUUUUGUGAAUUCCUGGGUCAGAAGAGAAUUACCUAUGACAUCAGCUUACUGCAAUGACAGCGUGUUUGCCAAUGAAGAACUGAGGAUGGACACUUUUAAGGACUGGCCCCGCGAAUCACCUGUGGCUGUUGAGGCUCUGGUCAGAGCAGGCCUUUCCUACACAGGGAAAGAGGACAUUGUCUGGUGUUUUUCCUGUGGGGGAUAUAUGUCGAAGUGGGAGGAAGGUGACGACCCAUUAGCAGAUCACACCAAGUUUUUUCCCAACUGUGUAUUUCUUCAAAACCUGAAGUCUUCUGCACAAGAAAUUCCAGCCCUUCAGAGCCCUGAUGUCCUUCUGGAAGCCACGGAAACCACAAGUGAGAGCAAUCAAGAGGAUGCAGUGGCAGUUCAUCCUACCAUGGCCGAUGUUGCUCCAAGUGAGGCCCAGGAGCUUGAACCUGCACCCAGCUUUGUGUCUAUUCUGUGUAGAGACAAGGACCAGAGUGAAGCCCAGGGAUGUGAAUGUGAGUCCAGCAGGGCGUAUCUCCCCUCCACAGACUUGGCUCAGAGUGAAGCCCCGUGGUUUCAAGAGGCAAAGAGUCUGAGUGAGCAGCUGAGAGGCGCCUACACCAAGGCCACUUUCCGCCACAUGAAUUUGCCAGAGGUGUGCUGCAGCCUCGGCACUGACCACUUGCUUGGCUGCGAUGUGUCCAUCGUUUCAAAGCACAUCAGCAGGCCAGUGCAGGAGGCCCUGACGAUGCCCGAGGUCUUCAGCAAUCUCAGCUCUGUCAUGUGUGUGGAGGGGGAAGCUGGCACUGGAAAGACAACCUUCCUGAAGAAAAUAGCUUUCCUCUGGGCAUCAGGAUGCUGUCCCCUGUUGAACAGGUUCCAGCUGGUCCUCUACCUGUCCCUUAGUUCCACCAGACCAGACCAGGGGCUGGCCGACAUCAUCUGUGCCCAACUCCUAGAGGCAGGAGGAUGCAUUAGUGAGGCGAGCCUGAGCAGCAGCAUCCAGCACUUCAAACACCAGGUGCUCUUCCUGCUGGAUGACUACAGUGGGGCGGACUCACUCCCCCAAGCCCUGGAAACACUGAUUACAAGAAACUACUUGUCACGAACCUGCUUAUUGAUUGCUGUCCACACAAACAGGGCCAGGGACAUCCGCCCGUACCUAGAUAGGAUUCUAGAGAUCACAGACUUUCCCUUCUAUAACACUGUUUCUGUGUUACGGAAGUUCUUCUCACAUGACAUAACACGUCUGCAAGAAUUUAUGGUUUACUUUGGAGGGAAUAAUCAUUUACAAGGAAUUCACAAAACCCCCCUGUUUGUGGCAGCAGUCUGUAGUGACUGGCUUCAAAAUCCUACUGACCAGUCCUUUCAUAAUGUGGCAGUUUUCAAGGCCUACAUGAAAUGUCUGUCCUUAAAGUACAAAGCUGCAGCUGAGGCUCUCAAGGCCACUGUGUCCUCCUGUGGGCAGCUGGCCCUGAGAGGGCUUUUUUCUUCCUGCUUUGAGUUCAACAGUGAUGACCUCACAGAAGCAGGAGUUGUUGAAGAUGGGGAGUUGACCACCUGCUUGAUGAGCAAAUUCACUGCCCAGAGAUUGAGACCAAUCUACCGGUUUCUAAGUCCUCUGUUCCAGGAAUUUCUUGCUGCCAUAAGGCUGAGUGAACUCCUGGGUUCAGAUAGGCAGGAAGACCAAGAUCUAGGACUUUACUAUUUGAGACAAAUUAACUCACCCUUGAAGGCUAUGAACACCUACAACAACUUUUUGAAGUAUGUCUCCAGCCACGCUUCACCAAAGACAGGGCCACAAAUUGUAUCUCAUUUGCUUCGGCUGGUGGAUGAGAAAGAGUCACUGGAGAACAUAUCUGAAAAUGAGGAUUGUGUACAACGCCAAAUAGAAACUUCCUGGAUAAUGCAGCCAGUUAAAGAAUUGUGGCAGCAAUUUCCUCAAGCGUUCUCUUCAUAUGCUUCAGAAAGUUUAUUGAGCACGGCUGUAAAGUUUGCUUACCAAAGCAACACAGUUGAUGCAUGUUCUCCAUUUAUUUUGCAGUUCCUUCAAGGGAGAACAAUGGAUCUGAAAUUACUGAAUUUACAGUACUUCUGGGAUCACCCAGAAAGCCUUUUACUGUUGGCAAGUAUAAAAUUCUCCAUAAAUAAAAUGCUACCUAAUAUAGAUUAUUCAGCCAUGGAAAAAUGUUAUGAAACAAUGCAGCCACCAACUAUAGAUCAGGACUAUGCAUCUGCCUUUGAACCUAUGAAGGAAUGGAGAAAAAAUUUAGCUAAAAAUGAAAAGAACAUAAACAAUUUUUUGAACAACCUACGCUGGCCUCUACCCAACAUCAGUGCUGGCUACUGGAAACUGUCACCCAAGCCAUACAAGAUCCCUAGGCUGGAAGUUGGAGUGGCCAACAUGGGCCCAGCAGACCAAGCCCUGCUCCAGGUCCUGAUGGAAGUCUUCUCAGCCUCACAGAAUAUUGAGCUCUGCCUAUCCAACAGCAGUGGCUUUCUUGACAGCAUCCGCCCAGCUCUGGAGCUGAAUAAGACCUCUGUCACCAAGUGCUCCAUGUGCAGCCUAGAGCUCAGCAGAGCAGAGCAGGAGCUGCUUCUCACCCUGCCUGGCCUGCAGUCUCUCGAGGUCUCAUGGGUAAACCAGUUACCAGAUCAACUCCUCUCUAACUUGGACACGUUUCUGGGCCUGAAAGAACUGUCUGUGAGACUAUGUGACAAAGCUGAUGUGCUUUCAGUCCUUCCUGAGGAGUUCCCAAACCUCCACCACAUGGAGACCUUAUCCAUCCAAACUUCCACCGAGUCUGACCCCUCCAGACUAGUUGAAUUGAUUCAUAACUCCCCAAAUCUUCAUGUCUUCCAUCUGAAAUGUGAUUUCCAUUCGAAUUGUGAGUCUCUCAUGGUUGUGCUUGCUUCCUGCAAGAAACUCAGAAAGAUUGAGUUUUCUGGAAGAUGCUUUGAACCCACGCCAUUUGUCACCAUUUUGCCAAAUUUUGCUUCUCUGAAGAUAUUGAAUCUUAAAGACCAACAAUUUCCAGAUAAGGAAACAUCAGAAAAGUUUGCACAGGCCCUGGGCUCUCUCAGGAACCUGGAGGAACUGCUUCUUCCCACUGGGGACGGGAUUCACCAAGCGGCCAAACUGAUUGUCCAGCAGUGUCUGCAGCUUCAGCGUCUGCGAAUCCUAGCCUUUCACAACACCUUGGAUGAUGACAGUGUGAUGGAAAUUGCCAAAGGAGCCACCAGCAGAGGUUUCCAGAAACUUGAGAGCUUAGAUCUUUCAACCAAUCACAAGAUUACAGAGGAAGGAUACAGACGUUUCUUUCAAGCCCUGGACAACCUGCCAAACUUGCAAGAGCUGAACAUCUGCAGGGGUCUCUCAGAAUGCAUCCAAGUUCAGGCCACCACUGUCAGGGCUCUGAGUCAGUGUGUGUCCCGACUGCCCAGCCUCACCAGGCUCGGGAUGCUCAGUUGGCUCCUGGAUGACGAGGACAUGAAAGUGAUCAAUGCAGUGAAGGAAAGACACCCCCAGUCCAAACGCUUGUUUGUUCACUGGAAAUGGGUAGUGCCCUUCUCUCCUGUCACUCAGAAGUGACAGGUGCAGUGGAAGGCUAAUGGCAGGUCUGAAAACCACAACUUCUAAUACAUUUCACUCUAGCUGACUAAGGGGAUAACCCCAGCAUUUAGGAGACUGAGGCAUGACUGCAUAUACAAGAAUAUUUACUAACUGUGUAAGGCUGAUGUUUUUCCACUUACUUUUAUUUUAUAUAGAUGGAUUUCUUUGCCUGCAUUUAUAUCUAUCUAUGAAUUCCAUUGAGUGUCUGGUGUCUACAGCAUUCAGAAGCGUGCAUUGGAUCCCCUGGGUCUGGAGUAAUAGAUGGUUGAGAACCUCCAUUUGGGUGCUGGACCACACUGUGUUCUACAAAACAAGUGCUCUUAAACCUUGAGCCAUCUCUCCAGACCAGGGCUGCUAAUUUUAUAAAAGCCCACGUGCUCAUCUCAG